AUGCAUUCUUCUGAAGACACAUCCGUUGAAGUUUCUACACCUUCGGGCAAUGCCCUGAGUGCCAUGGACACCAUCAAGGCAAUGUUUAGCCCCGCGAUAACAAGGAACCAGCCAAACCCCGUCUACGUUGAAAUGGCGGCACGCUGCUACCAUAUCCAAUCGCGCGUUUUGCAUAUUCCUGACCGGUUCGGCUACUUCUUGCCCGGCCCUCCUCGCCUAGCGGCUCAGGACGCCUUUGCGUUUGCGCUUAUAUUUUUCACCUUUGGAUUACCGCUUGCCGCGUUUGCAAUUUGCUGGGUAGUUUUCAAGUCCGUUAGACAAGAGAUCCUAUUAGGGACAAUAGGUUAUUUAGUCAUGUGCUUCAUGCUGUUAGUACUCCUUUGGGCAGUAGAGAUUCACAGAUACCGGCGCAUGCGAGGCCAUGAUGGUGAGGACGUGGAGUUGAAGGUGCUACUGGAAUGA